AUGAUACGAAAUCCAGCCGCCCAAACCACGCAAGGGCCUAUAACAAACUUUGACCCUUCGAAUCUGCCAGUUGCACAUCUCAUAUCACUCCGAGCACGACUCUCGCAGAUCAUCGAGUCUCUCAAUGUGCUCACAUACACAAUCGACGGUGAGGGUCGUCCAGGAAUGUCUUCAUGGCCAGAAAUCCUCUCAAAGUACAACAAUCUCCUCGCGCAGAGCCAUAACCUCAUCAACACGCUCUCUGGAGAGCAUUUCCCCCAGCCACCGAGACGACCCGGAGAGCCAGAAAGAGAGAGGAUUAACCCUUUUGAGACCAUCGCAUUGCAUCCUCUUUCGGUCACGACGAACCCUUCUGUACCGAAUCCGACUGCAGGUACUUUGAGUGCCGCUCAAACAACGACAGGGAGCAGUGGCAACUUUGAUGACACGCAUCACGGUAUGCUGGAAAAUCUGCUUCGAACAGAUCCACAUCCCGCCGUCAUCAAACGGUGGGACGACACCGUACGCCGCUUCGCCGAACGGCGUAAAGGUGGUGGGAGUCAGAUUGAGCCUCAGGACGUGAUAAAAGAGAUGCUAGAAAUGAAAGAAGGUCAUGAUGCGCGUAUCGAGCGUGCACUUCGUGUCAUUGCGGACCUACGGGAGCGUUGGGAGUGGAAGAUGCGGGUAUCAUUUGAUGAGAGAGUCGGAGAUGGAGAGGAUUUAUUUAGCGAUGAUGACAGUGGCGAUGAAGUAGAGGAGGUCACUAAGACUGACCCACCAAGGAUGGGUAUGGGGCCCCAGGAGAUGAAAACGGCCACACAGAGCUCUGAUGAGACAAUGCGGACGCAAACACAGUCUAUGCAUACCCAGACGCAGUCUAUGGCGACCCAAACGCAGUCUAUGGUCACCCAGACGCAAGACGAGAGCAUGUUCUCGAAUGAUGAGGACGACGAUGACGAUGAUGAUGAUGAUGACGAAGAUAUGGAGAACGUUUUAGAGAGCUAG